UGCUAAUUGCCAUAAAUUCUAUUCUCAAGUAUCUUUCAUUUUUCAAAUCCAAGCAGCUGCCUAGAAAAUCACCUAACACCUCUCUCUGUCUCUCUCUACCUACCAGAACCUGCAACUCUUUGACUUAGCAUUCCUCUUUGAUGCUUUUCUCUCUUUUCACAUCCAAGACUGCAAUCCUUUCUUUUCCUCCCUGAUGGGUUUGCAAUUCAGGAAGUUGUUGUCUGAUUAUUACAAUGAAAGCUCACCACCAAUCAGCGGAACAUUCUGGUCACUCUGUCAAGAAGCCUGUGAUUCAUCAGAUGAUGAAGAUUAUUGUCAGACUCAGAUAUGUUUUGAUUAUUGCAACAACAAUUGCCCAUUUAAACUCCCUCCCACCCCAUCAAUCCGUCAUGCAAAGCCCAGGAAGUUCUUGAUUACAGGUCUUGUACUAGCCUCUGUUUUUUUUCUCGUUUUCUGCUGCGCUGUAUAUUUCAAAUUCUAUUAUGGGUCAAGAAGAAGAAGAUCGGAAUCUGAAGAGCAAAGAAAUGAGAUUCAUCAAGAUUUUCUUGAUGAAGAUCAGGGCCCUGUGGUUGAUCAUCCCAUCUGGUAUAUAAACACUGUUGGAUUACAGCCAUCGGUGAUUAAUUCCAUUGCUGUUUGCAAGUACAAGAGAGGCGAUGGGCUUGUUGAAGGAACUGAUUGCUCUGUUUGUUUAAGUGAGUUUCAAGAAGACGAGACUCUUAGACUCUUGCCCAAGUGUAGCCAUGCUUUUCAUAUCCCUUGUAUUGAUACUUGGCUCAGAUCGCACACAAAUUGCCCCCUGUGUCGUGCCCCUGUCAUUACAACUCCGGCGAGAGCUUCAUCAUCGGAAGGCAAUGGUGAGAGUUCAAGCGCUGGAGAAGAAGCCCAGAUGGAAGUUUCAGAGAAUAUUGAAGGAGAAAUAAUUGAGAAUGGAGAUGGUGAAUUGAGUAUUGAAACAGAGGAAGAAGAAGAAGAAGAAGAAGAAGAAGAAUUCCAGGAUGAGAACAGAAGAAAAAGAGUUGAAGAAUUGAAUGGAGAGGAAGAAGGGAUCCAGCCAAUGAGAAGAUCUGUUUCUUUAGAUUCUUUAUCUGCUUUCAAGAUCAGUCAAGCUCUUGCUAAUGUUGGUGAGAUAGAAUCUGAUAGAAUUUCAGGUAACUUGGCAAAAGAGAGUGAAUCUAAUAUGGGAAUUGUUUCAAAGAGAGAUUGUAGCAACCAAGGCUUGCUAAAAUUCAUGGGGAGUUCUUCUAUUGGGAGAUCUUUGCAAAUUGGGCCAAGUUCAUUGAAGAGAUCACUGUCCUGUGGUGGGAAAUUGUUCUUGUUGAGAUACAGCAAGAACAGAAACUCUGUUCUUCCCUUGUGAUUCGGUGUCGUUUUAUGAGGUGAGAAAUCUGCAAAAGCUGAUAUCUUUUCAAACUUUUUCACAAAAUUUGAGUUUUAUGGAUUGCAAAAACACACAAAAUACUGUAUUAAUAAAAAUAAUAAAGUAAAAAAACAUAAUUAUGAUGUGUUGAUCCGAAACUGGAUAAUGUUGCUUUUUUGUCACAAUGGCAUGUAAUUGUAAGUAAAAGUUUUGUUAUUUAGAUAUGAUUAUGCUUUUAUGCUGCAUUCUUUACCUUUAUAUAAAUUUUUUAAUACACCUUAUUUUUCACAAACAAGGAGAGCCUUAAUCUUAGUUAUGAGAAGAAUAUACAAGUUUAGUGCU